CCCCGCCCUCGUGGUGACCUCAUCAGAAGGCGGGGUUCGACGUCCGGAUUUUUGUCCUACCUGUUUCUGUGCCGGUGGCUAUGGCGGCUCCCCGUCCUGUCAGUUCAGAGGCGCCUUUCGAUCCGUCCCAGGCUCCAGUCAUCGAGGGCUUCAGUCCCACGGUCUACAGCAACCCAGAGAGCUUCAAGGAGAAAUUUAUUCGCAAGACCCGUGAGAACCCAAUGGUCCCCAUAGGCUGUCUGGGUACGGCGGCUGCCCUCUCCUAUGGCCUUUACUGCUUCCACCGCGGCCAGAGCCACCGCUCCCAGAUAAUGAUGCGCACCCGGAUCGCUGCCCAGGGUUUCACGGUCGUAGCCAUCUUGUUGGGGUUAGCGGCAUCUGCUAUGAAGUCUCGACCCUGAGUGUCUGGCCAGGCCUUGAGAGCUCCAUGGAAAUCAUUGUAAAGCCAGGAGCAACAAACAGCCCUGUCAGACGUAUUUCCUCAGUUUCUGACUGUACCCUGUUGUCAUCAUUUGGGUGAGGAAGUGACCGGUUUUUGUGACUGAUGUCCGCCCUCCUCUCCCCCGAAAUCCCAGGUUCACUUCAGCUGGGUUGCACACUAAAAAUCUGUGAUACGUCCCCUUAACUGCUUACUUAAUAAAGCCUUAAUACACUGGUAAUGUGAUGAAUUCUUAGUCUCAUACCUAUGAUCAAAGCCCUGAUUUUUGGUCCAUGUUUUUAGGAAGGAACAGGAGACUGUUGGUAGGAUUGGCCUGUAGAAAUCAGCGGGGCCUGAUAGUGCCUAUAGUUUCAACUACUCUGCGGAUUGAGGGAGAAGAAUCUCACCUGUAAGUUCAAGAGUUCAAGAUCAGCUAGAGGAGUAACUUAAUGAGACCUAAUAUCAAAAUUUAAAAUGGUCUGGGGAGCCAGGCGGUGGUGGUGCACGCCUUUAAUCCCAGCACUCGGGAGGCAGAGGCAGGCGGAUCUCUGUGAGUUUGAGACCAGCCUGAUCUACAAGAGCUAGUUCCAGGACAGGCUCCAAAACCACAGAGAAACCCUGUCUCGAAAAACCAAAAAUAAAAUAAAAUAAAAUGGUCUGGGGAUACAACUCGGUUGUACAGCAUGUGGUCCUUGUGAGGCCCUAGGCUCAACCUCCAGUCAUGAGAGAGAAACAUAGAUCCUAGUACCACCCAAACUUUCCCAGUAACUUCAAGGCACUUAGCCAUUAGUUAAAAGUAGAGUGUCCCAAAUGUUCAUCCUUAGGAUUCUAGUUCAGUGGGCCAAAAUUUGUUCCUUUUGGUGGAAUAGGGGGAACUUUGCCAGCAAUCUUCAAGUUUCUAUAGCCUUUAGAUGAGGCCUGUCAUAGUCCUUUUGGAGUUGGGGUGUCCAACACCCACACCACCACCAUCCUUUGUCUACUUCUUACUCCCGUUCUGUCUCUUCGGAGGCCCUCAGGCUCUGCUGAUCUAUACCACCCAGCUUUUGACGCCAAAGUCUCAGCAGGCAUUUGUGGGUCUGUGGUCAGCACUGUGUUGACUUGAGGAACUGAGCUCCUCCCAUGUGUGACUCUCACCCUCUCAACACCUGCUUCAAGCUGGGAAAUGGGACGAAAGUGAAGGUACAUUUCUUGUGCCUGACAUGACUUAGAUCUCUGAGUGGAAGGUCCAUGACUAGAGCCAGGCGUUUGCACCUCCUUCAUGGUCUUAGCUGGGAGGCAGAUUGCCAGCGUUGAACACUGCAUUGUGAAGCCCAGUGCAAGAUGCAAGGGCAGAGCAUAAAGAACUGAAGAUGGCACCCCUUUUCAAGGUCAUGUCCACUGUGUUCCUGUUAUGAUGCCCACCCCCUAAAAUACAUGGGAGAGUUGGAUUUCAACUCUCAAUUCUUUAGGUAUUAUUUUAGCAAUAGGAACUUUAUAGCCAUUAAUAAUUAAAGUCUUUAAGGUAGACUUUGGUUCAGUAAGACUAGUAUCCAUAUUUUUAACAAAACUUGGACAAUUAUGCCCAUUGUCCCAUAUGGACAAGACAUAUAUGGGAGGAGGAUGAAGACAGCCGUAUGAGGGUGUAGGCAGAACCAGAGGGUUGGGCUGUAUCUGCAAGCCAAGGGAUGCCUGAGCUGCUGGAAGUUAGAAAGAGGCACAGAUCUUGCCUUAGCAGCUACAAAGGGAGUGGCUUCGUGGGU